AUGGCGAGGCGCUACACACUGCAGAUCUCGGGAGACGGAAUCCAUUUCUGGAGCUAUCGUGACGGGCAGCGUAGAAGGUACCCCGCUGUCAAACACCAUUUUACAAAGUCACUACUUGCGAGGAGUCGUGUGCUGGUGCUACCAGCUUCAGAAGCCGCUCCACGAGGAUGGCACCACUGCAGUUUCCUCGAGUCGAUUGUCUUCGCCGUCAGCUCCUCGCUGUGGGUGCUGUUCGUUCUGUACGCCAUUGCUGCGUUCUUCGGGAGGAUAUCGAGCCUCCGCCUAUAUCUUGGAAACGAUUUGUUCUCAUCGAGUUCGAUACGCGGCUUACCUGUAGAAGACACUUCCGAUGCGGAAUGGACAGCUUUCCUUAAACUGCUGAAGACCCUGGUGCCGGCGGUAGUCCUCCAAAAUGUUUUGAUACGCGCACUACCGGAAGUGUCUCACUUAUACUGCAGGAUUUUCGUGUCGACGGCAUUCUUGUUGAUGACCUUCGGCUUGUACUGUACGCUCUUCAUUUUCGGAAUCUUGUUCCUCAGUGUUUGCUUGCAGAAGUUAGGAUUCCGACAUCUCAUUUAUGUUGUUAACCUCUCGAUCGUCUUCUUGGGGGUGUACCAUUCGGAUCUCAUUCAAAAAUGGAUGGGGAAUCCGCUGGGAGACAAUAACUUCCUGCUCCUCUUCGAGGUGGCUGUCGCUUGGUCGGCGAUCAGAGCCAUUUCGUUCGGAGUCACAUCAUCGGCCGAGAGAAGCACCGCCUCGAUGUGCUGCUAUUUCCUGUAUCUACCCUGUCUGGUCCUCGGUCCUGUGACGAAUUAUAAUGAUUUCAUAAAUCAAAUCCAAACGAAGAGAACACCAUCUGCGCGAGAAUCUCUCAAACAGGCGUGCAUCUCCAUCUGUCGAGCCCUGCUAUGGUUCGCAGUCAUGGAGAUCAUGCUCCACACCGUUUAUCCGAUGGCGACCAGGAUCGAUUAUCACAUUGCACGUGAAGAACUACGUCCUGUCGAGUUCUUCGGAUUCUCCGCUGUACUCAUGCUUCACUUCUACGUGAAGUAUCUGAUGAUAUACGGUUUGGCGGAGGAGGCAGCCCGUAUCGAAGGUUUGUGGCUCCCUGAAAGACCCCGAUGCACGCUGCGACUCUCGUCAGGUGCUGAAGUAUGGCGCACAUUUGACCGUGGUCUGUAUCUCUGGUUCCUCGAGGCGAUCUACAUCCCUCUCGGAGGAGGUUUCUUUGCGUCUUCGCUCUGUUUCGUUUUCGUUUGCUUCUGGCACUCCUCCUCGUUGGAAGUCCAGAUCUGGUGCGGCCUGAAUUUUGCGCUGGUUGUCGUGGAGAGGAAAAUCCUUGCAUUGCCGAAGUUCCUCCAGAUCAUUCUACAAUGCCCUCUACAUUGGUUGGCGGUCGGGAGCAACAUGUUCUAUCUCGGCGGACUGGACGUGGGUUUCGACUUCUUCAGCAAACUCUACGAGCCGCGAACUUUCUGCUGCGCCUUCGUUGUAUCUUUUUUCGCUUGCGUUGUCGGUAGACACUUCCAACACCAAGAUAGGAUCUUCUACAGGACACAUGCUGAGAGGUCGGGCACCAAGCACAAGACUCAAUGA